AAUUGCAUGUUUUUCGGUUAAACAAGAAACAAAACCAGAAUUGCUUAGAUAAAUGAGUCAAAGUAUAAAAGUAUGUAGUAUUAAACGUUUCUUAUAAAAAAUAUUACUUAUACAAAAACUACAAUCGAUCAGCUUGAUUUAUUACAUAUUCCACAUCCACGGCGAUAAUAUUAAUUACUCCUCACCAAGAAGAACUUAAAUGAGUGCCCUAAACAUGGAUUGUGAACAGCGCGGCGAUAUAGACAGUGUCUUCGGUUGGAUCGCCAAUCUUUGCAACAAAGAAACGCGUCUUUGGGCGAUGUUGGAGCUAUUCGAAAGGCGCAGCCACAUUGACAGCCUAGGACUCUUGCUAUGGCAUUCCUUUGGAGCUGUGAGUGGUUUGCUACAAGAGAUUGUGACAAUAUAUCCGGUCAUUUAUCAAGAAAUUGAAUUAACCGGCCAACAGUCGCACCGGAUUUGCACUGCCAUUGGGCUGAUUCAGGCUAUGGCCGCACAUCCCUUCAUUGGUAUUCAACUCAUACGAUGCCAAUUCAUGUGCUAUUUGAUGCCAUUGCUUAAAAUGACUUCUCAAACUCGCGCCGUUGAGCAUGUUCGCCUCUCUGUCUUGGGCGUCAUUUGCGGUCUACUGAAAUCAGAUCAUCCGGAGAUCGUAUCUUAUUUUUUGGGCACUGAAUUAAUUCCACUUACCCUGCGGCAGCUGGAGUUUGGUACCACAAUGAGUAAGGUGCUCUGUGCAUUUGUCUUGUACCGCACCUUAGAACACGAAGUGGGCUUAAAGUUUGCUAGUCGAAGACUGGCACGAAGGCUGCAUCUGAUCCAUACUUUGGCCAGGGUUGUGCACCAACUCACACUGGAACCGGAGCCUAGGGUUCUUAAACAUAUAGUGAGGAUCUAUUCUCGUCUGGCUGAUCAUCCCCAAAAUCUGGAGCUGGUCCUUAAGCUAUUGCCGGCUCAGAUUCGAAACGGUUAUUUUUGCCAGGAAGUUUUAGUGGGCUUCGAGAGCGCUUCUAUAGAGCUAGCUGAUCUUAACCGUAAGCUCAGUAAAAGAGAGGAAAAGGACAAGGCUUGUGAUGAUACCAUGCCGGAAAACCAUUGAAGCUAAAUUUCACGCCUCCUUAGCUUUGCUUUUCCUAAUUGUCCUUAUCAAUGCAUAUAAAUGGUGAACCAAUCAGAUGCUUUAUUUUGUGGCUACUGGAUAUCUUUGGUUGGAGGCUAUAUAAGGCUUCUCUUGGAGCAUUAAGUUAGAAUAAUGCAAUAAACAGAUCGUAAAUAUUUUGA